AUGGCAUCAGCGGCUGMUGCAAAACUCUCGAAAUUUGGUGUCCGCCAUGUCGCCAAGGGAAUUGGAAGGCUUUCAACUGAAGUCAUCGAAUCGGGCUCGGGUUCUCAUGUCACCAUGAUGGGCGGCAAACGAUACCUCGACUUCACCGUCGGCAUUGGCGUUGCAAACCUGGGCCAUUGCCACCCGGCUGUGACAAAAGCCAUUCAAGCUCAAGUCGGCACCCUCGUCCAUGGACAGGUGAACAUUGCUUUCCAAAAGCCAUAUCUGGAGCUCAUCGAGCAUUUACUGCCCAGUAUGCCUCAUCCGAGUCUUGACACCUUCUUCUUCUGGAACUCUGGCAGCGAAGCUGUCGAGGCCGCUGUGAAGCUCGCGCGCCACGCCACCAAGAAGCAGAACAUCAUCGUCAUGCAGGGCUCAUACCACGGAAGGACCUUUGGGACCAUGUCAAUGACACGUUCCAAGACAGUCUACAGUCAAGGUUUCAAUCCCCUCCUCCCAGGAAUUUUCUCCGUGCCAUUCCCAUACUGCGCUCAGUGCUCAAUCGCACAGCAUAGCAGCCAAGACUACAGUCCUUCGAAGUGCUGUAUGGAUCCUAUCACACAGCUCGAGCUCCUCCUCAAGCGAGAAUCGGCUCCUUCGGAUACUGCGGCAAUCUUCAUCGAGCCAGUGCUGGGAGAAGGUGGGUAUGUACCGGCCGCUGAUGGCUACCUUCAACGCGUCCGUGAGAUCUGUGACAAGCACAACAUUCUGUUGGUCGCAGAUGAGGUCCAAUCCGGUUUUGGUAGAACCGGCAAGAUGUUCGCCAUGGAACACUGGAAUGUCCGUCCCGACAUUCUUAUCAUGGCCAAGGGUAUCGCAAAUGGGAUGCCGCUUUCUGGCAUCGUCUCCCGGAAAGAACUCAUGGACAGUCAACCGGUGGGUACUAUGGGUGGUACCUAUGCUGGAAACGCCGUGUCAUGUGCAGCUGGUGUCGCUGUUGCAAAGGCCUUCAAGGAGGAGAAGAUCCUCGAGAAUGUGGCCAUCAGAAGUAAGCAGCUGCGCGGUAUGCUUGACAAGUUGUGGGCGGACCCAGAUGUUGGAAGCCACAUACAUGACGUUCGUGGACUGGGCCUGAUGCUGGCUGUCGAGUUCAAGCCCGGAUCUCAMGGAAGCAUUGGAAGUAAAGUACAAGCGAGAUGUAAGGAAAAGGGCAUGUUGAUCCUCACGACUUCGAUUUWCGACACGCUGCGCUUCAUCCCCGCUCUCAACAUUACUGAGACGGACAUGAGCGAGGGAUGUCGUAUACUUGAGGAGUCUAUCCGAGAGGUGAUUGCGAAAGGGCAAACGCCCGAGGAGACGGCCACCAAAGGCCAAGCUUUGGUGUAG